AUGUCUGCCUUCGACUUGGCAUCUGUUACUCCUUUCGCAGAGCCGUUAUGGUAUUCACGCGGAAAGGGCGUUUAUUAUGAUUCUUCUCAUGAGCGUCUUCGCAAAGCCGUUCGAGCUUAUAUAGACGAGAAGAUCACACCGAACUGUGCAGAAUGGGAAACGCAAGGAUUUGUACCAAAAGAAGUGAGAGUCCAAUCCCAAAGCUUCCAAGUCGUCCUCAAGGAACACUCGAAGCGUGGCUUCACGGCUGUGGCAAUCAACCCUGCAGGAGUCUUCAAUCACAUGGGAAACAUAAAGUUACCCGGAGAUAUUGAUCCCCAGAAAUGGGAUGGAUUCCACGAUUUGAUUUGUAUCGACGAAAUCGCUCGUUGUGGUUAUCUUGGGGUUGUCUGGGCACUUGGUUGUGGCGACUCUAUCGGCUGCCCUCCUGUUGUCAACUUUGGCUCGGAUGCUCAAAAAAAAGCCUGGCUGCCUUCCGUCAUCAACGGCGAGAGCCGGUUUUGCUUAGGUGUUACAGAGGUAGAUGCCGGAUCUGAUGUUGCCAACAUUUCAACGACAGCGGAGCGCAGAGGAAAUGUUUAUAUCGUCAAUGGUGCAAAGAAGUGGAUUACCAAUGGAAUGUGGGCAACUCACUGUACAGCAGCAGUCCGUACUGGUCUGCCUGGGAAAAAUGGCAUUUCUGCUCUUGUAAUUCCACUCAACUCUAAAGGAGUUUCCCGACGGAAGAUUCUAAAUUCCGGGGUUGCAGCAAGUGGCUCGACAUAUCUCGAGUUUGAUGACGUGGAAGUUCCGGUUUCUAAUCUCCUCGGUGAAGAAAACAAAGGCUUCAAGAUCAUUAUGUCAAACUUUAAUCAUGAGAGGCUCUGGCUUGCAUGCACAAGUUUACGCAUGGCCCGCAUUUGUCUAACAGACGCAUACAGCUAUGCACUUGAGCGGACUACCUUCGGUAAACAUCUCAUUGAACAUCAAGCUAUCAAGACAAAAUUCACCACAAUCGGGGCCGAUAUCCUCCCUGCACAUGCGUUCAUGGAAUCCUUAGUCGCAAUUAAUGACAUGAAUAGGCAAGCAGAGCCACGAUACGGAGGUUUGAUUGCUCUUCUCAAGGUUGUUGCCGGAAGAGCUCUGGAGAAAACUGUUAGGGAGACGCAGCAAGUCAUGGGUGGACUAGGAUAUUCGCGCACGGGAAAAGGGGCGCGUAUCGAACAGAUCAGUCGUGAUAUGAGGGUUAUGGUAAUUGGAGGAGGAAGUGAGGAGAUUUUGAGUGAACUGGCUUUUAUGCAGGAGAAAAAGGACCUUGGUCUUAUCGGGGCCGAGAACUUAAGGUCAAGUAAGCUGUAG